AUGCCGGCCUGGGGAAUCGCCUACUGUCUCGGGACGUCCUGGGCUAAAGGUGCAGGAAUAGAAAAGUACCAUGGUAUCCACGCCCGAUCGGCGACAGCAUUGCCGGGCGCAACACAAGACGAUGCCGAGAGCGCACUCGCCGACGCCGUGAAGAAGCUUCUUCCGAACCCUGGCACGAUGUUGGAAGAUGAUCGGGAUGGUCGUAGUCGCAAAGAGGCCUUCAAAGAAGCCAUACGAACAGCUUACUUCAAAUUCUCUAACGAUACAGACAUCCUCACCAUCUACGUCGACGCCGUUCUCAAUCUCGGCUCUUGGGACAAGUGGUGUGUGAAUGAAUACGACGGAGCGACACCCGGUCAGGUUAUGGACAUGCUGCACAUCAUGGCAAAUCACAUCGAAGAGGACAAGAGCUGUUUGCGUCAUCCAGGCUUCUUGUGCACUCUCGUAAACCUGGCCCAGACACUGUCUUGUCCCGAAAUGGCCGAACGCUACGCAGAAAGACUGGGUGAGCUGGCUGGCGAUGCUGGUUUUCUGCAUCACACCAUUUCACGCCUUCAAAUGAGCUGCGGUCAGUAUGGCAAAGCUCUUAAGACCAGCGAGAAUUCGGUCACAGCGAGUUUCAAAUACGUAAUAAGGGCAGGCCUGUACGAUCCUUACACCGUCUACCUACUGCAUGAGUAUUGCAACCGAAUCAAGAUCGGGAUAGACCAGGGCGAACUCAAGGCGGCCAUGGACGCAGUCAAAGAUAUCGAGGAUCUCUUGAAACGCAACAUCCCUCUCACACAACUCCCCCCGCUGGGUUUUCACAUGGAAUGUUUGCUUUCCCUCAGAGUUCAAGUUCUGCUCAGAUUUGGAUGCUGGAAAAGGAUUCUCUGUCUCGAAAUACCUACCGAUGAGGACAUGUAUUCCAUGACGACGGUUAUCACUCAUUUCGCCAAAGCCAUCGCAUAUUCUGCUCUGAACGAUCAAUCAAAUGCGAGGAAGCAUCAAGGAUUACUUUCCGAAGCUAGGGACAAAGUCAACAGCAAAAGCCCCAUGUUGAAUAUGAGCUUCAAGCCCUUCCUCGAUUUUGUCGAAAAGAGGCUUGACGGGGAGUUGCUGUACAGGGAGGCUGAACUCGAAGAAGCUGAACUUGUCCUCCGUGAGGCGAUGGAACUCGAAUUUUCGGCCGAGGGUUGGGUGCUACCCACCAGCUUAACUCUCGGCGCCCUCUAUUUGGCACAGAAAAAUUGGACAGAAGCUAUGAUGCUGUUCUCGGCGCAUGUACGUUUAAGGCAUGUUGCAAUCGAAGUGUUUCCGAUACAACACAACGAGCCGGCGCUCUGUUCGCAACACCUGAACGACUGCUGGGCUUACAAUGGUCUCUGGGACGCAUUGGACGGACUGCUGCGAGGAGUAAACACGCCAUCAAAAGUCUACGUCAAAAACAUUAAAAAACAAGUCGAAGACGCUGCAAAAUCGAAACUUCGACACGUGUCGAAAAUGACGGAUUCAACAUUUUCACCAAGGAACAUUGAGGACUGGGACGGAGAGCCGAGAAUUGCGACAUUUUAG